UAGAGAGAUAUAGAAAAGAGUGGAAGAGAGAGAGAGAGAGAGAGAGAUGGAAUGAGAAGAAGUUAAGGGAAAUCAACACAGAGCUGAUUUAAUUAGGACACAUCAGAGACUCGUGGUCCUGUUUGUCCCCGUGCCAGUGACUCUACAGAUGAUCUUACAGGAGCACAGCUGACCACAUUACCCACCUCCCCUCCCUCUUCCUCUCACCUUGCUUCCUCUUCCUCCCUACGACCAUGGAGGAGGUCACCAAGGUCAUGCCACCUGUCCUGGAGCGUCGGGCUCGCCAGCGACAGCCCACAGUUUCAGUCCUCAAAUCCAAGCUGAAGCAGGGUGUGACCUGCUCGUUGCCAAGAGUCCGAUCCACCCUGACCGGAUUCUUCCCUGUUGUGCGUUGGCUGCCUAAAUACAAGCUCCGCGAGUACGUUUGGGGCGAUGUGAUGUCCGGGGUGAUCAUUGGUAUCAUCUUGGUGCCGCAGGCCAUCGCCUACUGCCUGCUGGCAGGAGUGGAGCCCAUCUAUGGAUUAUACACCUCUUUUUACGCCAACAUCAUCUACUUCCUCAUGGGGACGUCCAGACAUGUCUCUGUGGGGAUCUUCAGCCUCAUGAGCCUCAUGGUUGGACAGGUGGUGUAUAAGGAGAUGUUCCUGGCGGGUUUUGACCUCAACGAGGACUCCAAAGCGUCUGGCCCUGAUGUGUUUAAUGCCACACUGGGCACUAACCUCACUGCUGGUAAACUUCACAGUGUUGAGCUAAUGGGUCUGCAGUGUGGGAAGGAGUGUUACUCCAUCAGCAUCGCCACUGCCCUCACCUUCCUGGUCGGCGUCUAUCAGCUCGCGAUGGCCGUGUUUCGGCUCGGCUUCGUCUCUGUAUACCUUUCGGCUCCAAUGCUUGAUGGUUUUGCCACGGGAGCCUCUUUCACCAUCCUCACCGUGCAGGCUAAAUACCUGUUGGGUCUCAAGAUCCCCCGUCACCAGGGCUACGGCACAGUCGUCGUCACCUGGUUCAACAUCUUCGCCAACAUUCAAAGUGCCAACAUGUGUGACCUCAUCACGAGCAUCAUCUGCAUCUCUGUAUUAGUGGCAGGUAAAGAGAUCCAGGAGCGCUUCAAGGAUCGUCUUAAGAUCCCUCUGCCUACUGAGCUGUUAGUCGUGGCAGGAGCUACACUGGCCAGCCAUUUUGGGGAGCUGAACAGCAAAUAUGGCACCAGUGUAUCCGGUUACAUCCCCACAGGGUUCAUUUCUCCCCAGGUGCCCAGCUUUAGUCUGAUGCCACGGUUGAUACUGGAUGCCAUUCCCUUGGCCGUCAUCAGUUUUGCCUUCACGGUGUCGCUGUCCGAGAUGUUUGCAAAGAAGAAUGGCUACACGGUUCGUCCCAACCAGGAGAUGCUGGCCAUCAGCUUUUGUAAUAUCAUCCCCUCCUUCUUCCACUGUUUCACCACCAGUGCAGCAUUGGCUAAAACCAUGGUGAAGGACUCAACAGGCUGCCAGACACAGAUCUCCAGUCUGAUCAGCGCCAUGGUUGUCCUUCUCGUCCUGCUCUUCUUUGCGCCUUUCUUCUACGCCCUCCAGAAGUGUGUUCUUGCCUGUAUCAUCAUCGUGAGCCUUCGUGGGGCACUGAGGAAGUUCAAGGAUGUCCCGGCUAAGUGGCGCGCCAGCCGGAACGACGGCAUCGUGUGGCUGGUCACCAUGUCGGCCACGGCUCUCAUUAGUGUGGAGGUUGGCCUCCUGGUCGGAAUAUGUUUUUCCAUGAUCUGCGUCAUCUUUAUGACCCAGCACCCGAAGGUCUCUCUCCUGGGCCGAGCCAAUGACACUGAUCUGUACGAGGACUUGGACGAGUACAAGAACCUGACGGCGCCACCUCGGGUUCAGGUAUUCCGUUUCCAGGCUCCGCUGUAUUACGCAAACAAGGAAGCAUUCCUCAAAUCCCUCUACAAAGCUGUCGGCGUUGAGCCUUUCCUGGAGCUGACGAAGAGGAGAAAGGCAGAGAAGAAGGCUAAGGGGAUGUCCUCAAAGCUGGGCAAGGCAAAUGGGGAUACAAGCAACUCACAGGUUGUUGUAGGACUUGUACAAAGAGAACUGGCUUUCCACACAAUCGUCUUAGACUGCUCUGCCAUACCCUUCAUGGACACAACAGGCAUUGACACAUUUAUAGGGCUGGUCAAUGAAUACAGAGAGAUAAGUGUGAGUGUGCUUCUCGCAAACUGUAACACCUUAGUCAUUGAUACCUUGCAGAAAGGACAAUUCUUUGGGAAAAAUGCCAAAGACAUGAGCAGCUUACUGUUUCAUACCGUUCACGCGGCAGUUCUUCAUGCAAACAGUACAUUCGCAGCAGCAGAAAGACGGUCAGAAGACUCUGUGGUUUAGAGCAGCUGGAAGAAGAAGGAAUGUAGGCACGCUAUCAUGAUUUGAGGUAUGCUCAUGUCAUGCCAUCUAUGACAAUACUGCAUUCUGCAAGUUAGCUUUGAGGUUGCUAUUUAGGAAGCUCUGUUCCAGAAAACAUGGGGUACCCAAGAGGAUUCAAUAAGAAAGAGUAUCAAGUAAUUGGUUUGAGCCUGUUCAAUACCUGAAUAUUUGUUUCUGACAUCAUACAACUGUUUUCUCCAAAUACACUGGAAUUUUAAUAGCAGUUCUAGCAACAACAACUAAAACAAAUCUAUUUCUUAGUCUGUAAAUGCUCCCUCUUAACUGUCAUCUACGGAUGCCUUACAAAAAAUAUGAAAAUACAGCAUGUGGUUCAGCAAACCUCUGCAAUCCAAGCUUUCAGUCACCGAGCAGAUUUUUUUAUGUCAUUUUUUCAAUAAAGGAGACCCAGAUGGAAAUAUCACAAAAUAACUGGCCACCAGCAGGUAAUGGUAGUCAAACUCCCUGGUUAGUUCCUAUUAAAUGAUGAUUAAUAUCUAAAUCACAUAACACAUUUAUGUCCCUCUAUUGAAAGCAACGUUGACUGCAACGGAAGCUGUUUAAACUUUUCAUUUCGCUUGAAGCAUUUGGCCAAAGUCCAUAAUGACUCUAAUCCUGGAGUCCAGAGUUCACACAUGAAGAUUCAGGCACUAUAAGCCAUAUUCCCCGAUCUCCCAGCUGUGAGAUUGGAGCUCGAAACAUUCCUGAAGGCCAGUUAAACUCUUCCUGACUGAAAGGAGAAGCACUGUGACAAGCCUGGCCUUGUAAAGCUUCAGAGCUCGGCUCAUUGCAGCACGCUUGUACUCUUGCCCUGUUCCCUGGUGAGUUAUCAUUUGGUGCUUCUGAAAUGCAUGUCUGAAGUGAUGCCACGUGUUUCGCCACUACUGGUUUGUUCAAUCAAGUGUUUUGUAACUGACUAAAUUAGAGCAGACUUAGUCUCUUUGUUAUUAAAUCACUGUUUUCCAUUUUUUUCUUUUAUUCGUUUAGCUGCCAAGUGCAUAACAUUGAAAAGUACCCCCGAUUUAUGUAAUACUUCAAAAAGGAUGUAUUUUUUACUUGUACUACUUUAUCAUAAAGUUUUGAUGAACUGCCAUUGUAUUAAAAUAGACAUUUAUAUUUAGAAACUUAACAUUUUAUAUUUGAUCAACAAAUGUAAAACAUUUAAUUAAGAGCGUUACCGUCUGCUCGAGUUUCAUUAUUGACAGUGUUGACAUUCAACACAAACAGUACAAAACUGCCUUAUUGUUCAAUACUUGAAUCAAACUGAUAUGAUUUUAGUGAAGAGCUUGUA